GUAGAGCAAAAAUAUAUAAAGCAUAUCACACGUAAUUGAUUUUUUCCACGAUUACAUAUUAUUAAUAAAAACAUGAAUAUUUUUAUAAAAAAAAUAUUUGAGAACUUUUAUAUUAUAUGAAGUGAAUAUUAAGAAAAUAUUUUUAAUUUACUUAAAGUACUUUUAGAUAAAUAAUGUAACCAUUAGUUGUACUUCUUAUCAUAAACAUAUUACGGUUAUAAAUAAUUUAUUGAAAUUUAUUUAUAAAUGUAGCCCUGCAGUAUAUUUAUAAAAAAUGGUUGAAAAAGUUUCAUUAAGAAGAUCUAUUGCAAAACUGGAUUGUCCAGCUAUUAUAGCUUUUGGCAAUCCUUUGCUGGAUGUUUAUGUAACAAUAAAAAAUGAUGAUUUGUUGAAAAAGUUCAAUCUUCCUACGGAUGGAGAAAUAGAACUUCCUGUUGAAAAAAUGCAAGAGUUGCUGGCGGAUUUACCACUAGAAUCACGACAUAGAUUCAGUGCUGGAGGAUCAGCACAAAAUUCAAUGAGAGUUUUACAAUGGCUUUGCGAUGAAACUCAUCAAAAUCAAUAUACUAUAUAUUGUGGAGGACUUGGAAAUGAUUCAGGGGGGAAAAUGUUGGAGAUCUUAGUUAGAUCAGCAGGUGUGGAUGUCAGAUAUGCAAUUCAUCCAACUUUACCUACAGGACAUUGUAUAGCAUUGACAAGUGAAUCAACUCGUAGUCUUGUUGCAAAUAUAGGAGCUGCUGGUGUAUAUACUCUAGAUGACCUUAAGAAAACCAGUUUAUCAUUGGAUACAAUAAAAAUAAUUUAUAUUGAAGGAUUUUUCCUAACACACAGUUUUCCUUUAGUAAAAGACCUUGUUAAACAAGCGGAAGAGAGAGACAUAAUUAUUGCUUUCAACUUAAAUGGAACAUAUAUAUUUAAUGAUCAUCACAUAGCAAUUUGUGAAAUGGUAGGAUAUGCAAAUAUUGUAUUUGGUAAUGCAAGAGAAAUGGAAGCUUUGGCUCAAUCAUUAAAUGUUACAUAUGAAGACGUAACAGAUAUACCAUUUUUACUGAAUAGUUUAAAGAGAAUUACAGUUAAUGUUUGUAAUACAGUCAAUGAAGAUUGGUUGCGUCAUGGGGGAGUAUUUGUUAUGACUCAAGGUGGCUCAGCUCCAGCAAUUACUGUUUGGGGAAGAAGUCAAUCUGUUCAAGUACAACCAAUUAAACCAAAGGCUCCUGUUGUAGACACUACAGGUGCUGGUGAUGCUUUGGCAGCUGGUUUUCUAGCCGGCGUUCUAGCUCGAUGGAAACCAAAAUAUUGCUUAGAAUAUGGUUGCAAAGUAGCAUCAUUUAUGGUAACCAAACUUGGUAUUACACUACCAGAUAAUGUACCACCAGAUUUAUUAGAAUAACAAUGUUUAUUACGAA